UCUCAAAGGUAAAAAAACAAAUACCUUGAAAAAGCUGUGUGAUAAACCUCGAUCCCACCCGUGACAGGAAAUGCAGCCGCAAGGAUGAAGAAAUUCGAAAACAUUCCAACAAAGUAAUGGGACAUCUCUGGCUAGUGCAAUUUCCUUUGUCGGAACCACUGCAACGGCAACCUUCAACAGCAACAGCAGUAUCUAACAAUUUAACUACGGGAACUGGCACAUAAGAGGCAAUCAGUGUUUUCGCAAUGGAUUCCGCUGGUCGCUUUUGGAAGCGAUUCCAACCGUAACAACGGUGGCGAACUCAAAGAAUCGCUGCUUGCGGUAUGGAAAUAGUGGAAAUAGUUAUAGCACCGACGAACCGACGUGACUCAAACGAUUUAGUUUUGACCGAGGAAAAACGGCCAUUUCAAACGCAAGCGAUCGCUUAUGUCAAAAGUUUAAACUGACUAUUCUCUUUGUGACAGCUGACUGACAGUUUUCAUCACUCGUUAUCAGCCGAUUGUCAAGCUUAAUCGAUUGAUAUUUUUGCAUUUGUAUACUGCAAUGGGCAGAAAAUGUGAAGUGAUUUCCUGUGCCAGUAAUGAUAACAAAAACUGUGUAAAAUCAUUCUAUAAGUUUCCAACCUGCGAAAAUAUCUGCUAUGAAUGGGUGAAAUUUUGUGAGUCUGUUUAUUUAGAGCAAUUAUUUUACAGCUGUGGACCCACAGCAUUGAAUCAGAAUCAAAUGUGUUCAGACCAUUUCGGACCAGAGUCACUGCGUGAUCCUUCCCGAAAAGACAAAGGACUAAAAACCGGAUCAAUACUAACAAACGCGAUUCAACGAUACAAGUCCGACGGUCACCAAGUUACCUUAGAUCAACGAGAAGAUUUCUUCGAAUACGAGUAUCUUGACGAAUCAACGAUACUGAGAGGCGACGAUGAAUCUGUCGUGUAUGAAAGCUAUUUAGUAGAGAAUAUUUUAGAGGAUCAGAGUUCAUGCCAUGAGGUGGAUUCAUGCGAGCCGAUCGUAGAAGGCAACAGUGCCCUGCACGACGAUUUUUUUUUAUAUAUGCAAUUGAAGAGCUCCCGAUACCAAUCGAAACAAACCCAGUCGUUAUUUUUGAAAUAACACCAACAACAUUGAAGGAAAUUGAUGUAGAGGCAAUUAGUAACCUGGACAAUUUCGAUCAGAUCUGUGAAGUGAGUCCGUCCUCUGGAAACGACGAGGAAAAUAUUACAAGCUUGAACUUUAGAUAUCAAUACGAACAGGAAAAAUAGAUGCGAAAACUAUUGGAAAUAGAAGUGAGUCAACUUAAACUAGAUUCACGAAUAAGAAAACGCACCAGUGCUAGUCAGGAGCACUCUGUACGUAAUAGCAAAGAAACUAUUCGUGUGUACAAACGUUGUAUUAAAGCCCUUCGUCAAACAACAAGUUAUUGAACAAGUUGAAACAGAAUCCAGUACUGUAUAACAGCUUGGGUAACCUAGGCUUUACUCCUAAGAGGAGAAGAUAUAAUCAGCACGCAAAAAAUGUUGAGAAUAACAUUUCACUACAGUCACUAUGAAAUGUAAAUAAAAGCACUUUGCCAUUCAUCAGGCGCUUUAUCUAUAUCAGUUAGUAUGUAGAUUGAGAAUGUAUCUUGAUAGCCAGCAUGUAUGCAAUAUUGCAUGUAAAGGUGGGAAGCUUAAAGCUGUGCAACACGUGCUCGGCAGCUUAUAGAGUAUA